AUGGAGGCAUAUGAGAAUGCACGGAUCUACAUAGAGAAGACUAAGGCAUUCCAUGAUCACCAUAUCUGCAAGAAAGAUUUUCAAGAGGGUGACGAAGUUCUUCUAUACAACUCAAGGCUCAGAUUCAUGCCCGAAAAGUUCCGUUUAUGGUGGGAUGGUCCCUUUAGAGUAAAGGAGGUGAAGCCCUAUGGUGUGGCCAAGCUAUUCCACCCUCAAAGUGGUGCAACAUUCAAAGUGAACAUCCACAGGGUAAAGAAAUAUCAUGGCUACAAGUCCCCAAGGGAAGUGGAGGUGUUCUUACAUGAAGAUGCACCUGGAAGAGGAGAAGUUUAA